UUCAGGAGCAAGACUCUAUCCCUUGCUGCAUUUCUUCGGUCUUACCUGUCCGUCCGGUUUCUUCUUAUCUCCUAAAGAAGAAAGCAGGUUGUCACCGACAGUGGGAAGGUUUGUUGGAGAGCAGCCUCAAGAGCUUGGUCACACUUGACAGCUUUACUCAGGUCAUAGUGCAAGUCCAACAUCCACGGGAGGGAUCUUGCAGACUUCUACCAGUUCCCAUUUUUUUUGUGGUAGAAUGAGCGGGUUUUUGUAUUUCGUCCUCCCGGCGUUGGGAGGAUACACACUCACCUCGUUGUACCUGCUGAAGAACCCACACAUUCUCCACAGGAAGAAACGCACAGCCUUUUACUGCACGCACAUCUCACAUAGAGGAGGAUGUGGGGAGAGGAUAGAAAGCACCAUGGAGGCGUUCACACAUGCGGUGGAGCAGGGCACACAGAUGCUGGAGCUGGACUGUCACCUGACACGUGAUGGACACGUGGUGGUGUCACAUGAUGAGAACCUGCUGAGGCAGACGGGACGCGAUGUCACCAUCUCCUCCCUCGAUCUGCAGGAUUUGCCUUUGUAUAAGGAGAGACUGGAGGUGACAUUUUAUGCAGGUCACUACAGCAGCGGUGAGGACAGGAAGUUUUCUCUGCUCGAGGACGUGUUCAAGAAGUUUCCUGAGAAGCCCGUCAGCGUGGAGAUCAAGGAGAACAACAAGCAGCUGAUAGAAAAGGUGUCCGACCUGGUGAGACACUACAACAGGGAGGAGAUCACAGUCUGGGCCUCCGUGAACUCUGGGAUCAUGAAGGAAUGCCAAAGAACGAACAGCUCCAUGCCGUACAGCUUCUCUAUGAUCCGAGGUCUGCAGCUGCUGCUCCUCUUCUACAGCGGCCUGCUGCCCUUUGUGCCGCUGGGAGAGAGUCUGCUGCAGUUCUACUUGCCACGCAUCUUCAACAGGACGUUCAUUCCUGAGGAACGCAUCCUGAGGAACAGGCUGGUCGUGUUUUUGAUAGAAAAAGUAACUAUGAGGAGGAGUCUUUUUAAACACCUGGCUGCCCGUGGAAUUCAGGUGCAUCUGUUUGUGUGCAAUGAAGAUGAGGACAUAAAGGCUGCAUUUGACGUGGGAGCCACAGGCGUGAUGAGUGACUAUCCUGCCGUUCAGUCACGAUACCUCUGCAGACACAGAAGUGAGGAUUGACCUGGGAACACAUCCGGUCACGAUCACUUGCUGCUCGUCUGAGGAGAGAUAAGAAGAAAGUGUUAGACUGAUUUCCUCACCCAUGAAGGUAUUGGUCAAAGAGCUGUUCAACCCUGGAACCUCAAUCGUUGGUGAUGGAAUAACGUGUUAGUAGUGCCAUCUGCUAUCAGUUAAUUUCUAUGUCCUCCACCCAAGUUUUUCAGAUAGAGCCCAAUGUUCAAACAUACAACCACAGAUUUUCUCUGCAGCAGAUCUACCAGCGCUGGAGUGAAUGUUUAACCAGAUGGACCAUGUCAUCCAACAUCCAGUUUCUCGUGAUAAGAGAGUAAACACGACUUUGUUGUGAUUGUGUCUCAUGUGAUUUUCUGACUUUGUGUGAUUGGUUUGAAUAAGUGCUGAUUUUCAGAAAUAAAUUAUGUGGGACAAUUCA